AUGAAAAAGCAAAAGAUUUACGUGAUGGCACUACAUGUUAUCACGGCCGUCGUGAUGGGAUACAGUAUUGCAAUUAUCUUCGCCUUGAUCCUUGCAUGCCACCCCGUCAGCAGGAACUGGGAUUCGAAUGUCGAUGGAAUUUGCGUCAACCGCACGGCUCUAUACAUCGCCACCGCUGUGACCAACAUUGUCACUGAUCUAGCGCUCAUCACACUCCCUAUCCCGCUCGUGCUUCGUCUCAACAUGCCCCGCUCUCAAAAGGUUUACCUUUUCCUUAUGUUCGUCAUUGGUUGCGCAACUGUCAUCACGAGUAUCCUGCGCAUGGUUACCUUGGUGGACUUUCUCCACGCCAAAGACGUGACUUACAAGCUGGCUUGGCCCGAAUUGUGGAUCAAUGUCGAAGCCAAUCUCAUCAUAAUCUGCCCCUGCUUACCUAUCCUGCGCCCAUUCAUGCGCCACUACAUCCCCGGCUGGGGUGAUGAUGAGACUGCCACCGGCAAUCCUUACCUGGAUAACACCUACACAGAUUCCCAGAACAAGUGGAAGACUGCCUAUGGUCAGAAUGACGAAAUUGCCCUAGCGGACAACGUGGACAGCGUUCGCAGUGAGUCGCGGAUGGUCAAGUCGAGCCAGUAG